GUUUCUUUCCGUAGCUAUGGAAACGCGGAAUGGCAGCAUCAGCUUCUAUCGGGCGGUCCUCGCCGGAAAGAUAAUGUUAAAUUAACGGCAUCAUAUGAGCAGAGCUUGUUCAAAAUUGUCGCAGCAAUUUGCGUCAUGUGUGAUUACCUCCUAGUUCACGCGAUGCGGUUGACAAACAUAGUCGUUUGAUAGUAAUAUGAAUCUGAGGACAAAGCGCAGGAUAACUCUCUGUACAGCGUGUUGUUUUUUUGUCAUCACCGGAAUAGAAUACGCUGUGAUAUUGCCGUCGUUAUGGAUGUAUCUCAAGAACUGUCUCGAGUCGCCCGACUACGCGAUCGCCGUGGUGAUCUCAGCGUGCUGCCUGACGGGGCUGUUCGUGAGCCCGUUCGUGGGUGUGUGGGCAGACGGGACCCGCAACGUGCGUUCAGUUUUACUGGUUGUCAAUUUGGGACAGUUAGUGGGCAGCCUGCUGUACUGCGCCGGCAUUUCUCAUUGGCUUCUCCUCGUUGCCCGGCUGCUAUCAGGUUUGGGCACAGGAACGGCUGCAGUCAUACUAGCUGAUGCAGCCCGCUCCACAACCGAGAAAGACCGCACUGCCACAUUUGCGCUGCUGGCAGGCUUCCAUGAGCUCGGCAUUAUUGUUGGAUCGGCCUUGCACGUCGUCUUUGAAAAUGAGAACCUCAGCGUGGGAGCACUUCCGCUUGAUCACUACUCCAUUCCUGCACUGCUGAUGGCCUUCCUCUGGCUGCUGAUGGAAGCCUGCUUCUUCCUGGCGUACUUCAACAUGGCCCAGCUUUGCCAUCAGCAGAGACUCGAAGACACCUUGCAAUGCAGUUACUUGGAAGCGAGCCUGGGCAAUGUCUCAGAGUGUGCUCCACCACCCAGUCCAUUCCCCCAGCACCGCGAGCUUCCGCUUGGCUUGGAUCAUGCCGAUAGCAUCAGUUAUUCUGCAGGAGUGCCGUCAUCACACCACCCCUACCACCCUCAUCGAAUGAUUCAGGCUCCUCUAAUGUGCUCGCUGAAUAGCGACCUUGCCAAGAUGCAUCGCAGCCCGCUUAACUUGUCCCUGGACGAAGGCGACCUCUUCAGCGAUGCUAUGAUCGAGACUGCCGAGAGGUUCAUACUGAGCUCGGAGUCUGCCAACCCUGGCGCUGCAUUUAGAAGCACAUUAGGUGCCCCUCCCAGUACAAGUGACAUCGAGCAGUCUGCGACCCACUCGACCUCCGACAAUGCCAAGUCAGAAUCUAUUGUGCCAGAGACGGAGGUUUUGCACAGGUACUGCUCAGAGUAUAUCAGAGAAGAUACUGUUGUGUUGUUGGCAAUAACGUUUCUGGUCACCUACAGUCAAACAGCUCUUCAGGCUGCUCUUUAUCCUCUGGCAAAAGAGUACUACCGAUAUGGAGAGAUGAAAAGCAUUGCAAUAUACCUUGUAUGCGGUGUUGAGGUCCUCCUGGUGUUUGCCGGUAUACGCAUCCUGAGCAGACAGCUUUCAGACCGACUGUUGCUCCUAGUUGGCCUAGUCUUCACUUGUGCGGGAACUUUCCUUUGGCUUGGCUUCAGUUUUGUUGCAAGUCCAGGAAGGUUUAACUCGCUGCCUCUGUUUGUGCUCGGAACUGCCAUUGACCUGUUUGGAAUGCCCAUGCUGACGGUGUGCACGUGUUCUUUGAUAUCCAAGGUCACCAGCAGCAAACACCAAGCUGUUAUGCAGUCACUGUACAUGGGCAUAAUGCAAUUAGGCUGUACGUUGGGACCACUGUGGACGGGAGGUUCCUUGCAGCACAAGAGCAUGCUUUUCGGUGUCCCCUGCGGCCUAUCGGUCCUGUUCACGGUGCUGUUCCUUGCCUCAUUCCCACAACUCGGCCAGCAGCAGUCGACGAACGAGAACGACGAGGAAGCAGAAGAGGGUCAGUGUAGACUAGAGGCCAAGCAAGCAACAAAUGAACAGCACCAGGGCGCCUCUCUUUCAAACGGUGUCAUCGCUGUGGUUGGCUGCUUCCGUUCCAAUGACAGAGAAAGCAAGGAAACAAGUAGAUAAAGUUAGUUCCCUUGUAAUGCAGAGGGUGGUUCCGAUAAGGACAGACUAAGGGGGUGUCCCGACUAUUUUUAGUGUUCAGCGAAAUUUUUAUAUGGGGCGGGAAAAUGUCUCUGUGAUGAUUAAAAAAAAAAAAAUGUCUCUAAAAUGUUCCAAUUCUUACUAUUUUUGCAAUUUUGCAUUUUUGGGAUUUUAUAACGAAAUAAAUAUGUGGUGUAGCUGCAUACUUAUUUUCUUAGUUUACAAGAAACGUUUUGAAGAUUUAUCAGAAGUAUUCUUCAGCUUCAUCACUUUAGCUAAAAUGACCCCCAAAAAGCCUGAUUUCAGGGUCAGUCAUAAGUAGUUGCUCAAUAACCAAAGUAUGGCAAUUUUUCAAAAACAUAAUGUAGGUGACAUAAAUUGAACUUGCCGUGGGCCAAUAGUACUAGUGGUGUAGAAUUACCGAAAAAGAUUUUGGUGGGGUACCAUACAAAAUUUUAGUGGGGUGCAAUGUGUUAAUUUUAGAGUGAUAGGCCCUCGCAUUUGUAAAAUUUGCAAGUCGUUAAAACGCUCUUCCCACCUUUAGUGAAAUAAGAUUUUUUUUUCAAGAAAUCCGUGCUAUGUUUCGCAAAACGAAGGUUGAUUUCCUUCGACAGAGACAUUUUCCCACCUCAUGCAAAAAUUUUGCUGAGAACUAAAAAUAGUCAGGACCCCCCUUAGUCUGUCCUUAUCUGAACACACCCUGUAAUGAACAAGCAAAGUAGUAUCCUUCAGAAACCUUAAAAGAAUAAAAGCCAAUAGAACUUCUACGAACAAAUGGGGUCUUUACUUAGCACUGCAUCACUAAAACAUAGUCUAUAUACAUAGUCUAUAUACAUAGUCUCGAUAA